GGCUGGGGGAAGGAGAAGGGAUCAGGAGCGGGAGCUGAGGGGAGGGAGAGGCCGGUCCAGGUCUGGCAGCCGCCUCUGCUCGCCGGAGGUCUCCAGGCGGGGCUGCGGCUCAGUCCUCGGCUCCGGGGCACCGUCUGCGAGGCUCCGCCGGGCCAGCGUGGGAGAGCCGCGGGCGGCAACUGCCGCAUCAUGUCAGCCAAGGACGAGCGUGCCCGGGAGAUCCUGAGGGGCUUCAAACUAAAUUGGAUGAACCUCCGGGAUGCUGAGACAGGGAAGAUACUCUGGCAAGGAACAGAAGACCUGUCAGUCCCUGGAGUGGAGCAUGAAGCCCGUGUUCCGAAGAAAAUUCUCAAGUGCAAGGCAGUGUCUCGAGAAUUGAACUUCUCUUCAGCAGAACAAAUGGAAAAAUUCCGCCUGGAACAAAAAGUUUACUUCAAAGGGCAAUGCCUAGAAGAAUGGUCCUUCGAGUUUGGCUUUGUGAUCCCGAACUCCACAAACACCUGGCAGUCCCUGAUAGAGGCAGCACCUGAGUCCCAGAUGAUGACCGCCAGCGUGCUAACUGGGAAUGUUAUCAUAGAGACAAAGUUUUUUGACGACGAUCUUCUCGUAAGCACAUCCAGAGUGAGACUUUUCUACGUUUGAGAGAAGAAUGUAUUGCAUUUUAAGAAUUUGGGUUUUGCGGGGAACAGAGGAAACUGUUUACUUUUUUCCUCCACACAUUUGAUUUUUGACACUUCCGCCCCUAAUUCCCUCUACAACAAAACCCACCUGCGGCCACAAGGGGACCAGCUCUGCACUCAAGCUGCCAUCUUCCACUGACCAGGCUAACUCCCCACCUCAGACCAGGGCAGAGGGCAUGCCUCAACUCUUUCCCAGGGUAAACAUGGGACAAACACACACCAGGAGCCAGUGCAGGAGCCAGUGCUGUUCCUGUCAUCCUCCCUGCCUCCUCCUUGGGUCCUACAGGGCACGCAUCUUCUUUGGCCCCUGGCUUUGGAAAAAUUCAUGUUCUUGACCCAUAUUUAGUCUUUUCCUACCUUUUCUAUUUCAUACAUUCUCAUACAUUUAACUUGUAAAAUAGACUGUGAUAUUAUUAUGUAAUGAAUUGAAAUAUGAAUUAAAAUAUUCCUACAGUCUUUAACAUGG